CUGGGAAAGCGUACCUCCUAGGAACUUUUACAUUUUUUUUUAAGAGAACAAGAAGGACUAAAAAUAUCAACUCUUGCUUUUGGACAAAAAUGCAUCUGACUGUAUUUCUACUUAGGAGUAUUGUGGGUUUCCUCUGGAGCUGCUGGGUUCUAGUGGGUUAUGCAAAAGGAGGCUUGGGGGACAAUCAUGUCCACUCCAGUUUUAUUUAUAGAAGACUACGGAACCACGAAAGACGGGAAAUACAGAGGGAAAUUCUCUCCAUCUUGGGUUUGCCUCAUAGACCCAGACCAUUUUCACCUGGAAAACAAGCUUCCUCUGCACCUCUAUUUAUGCUGGACCUAUAUAAUGCUAUGGCCAAUGAAGAAAAUCCUGAAGAGUCGGAAUACUCAGUGAGGGCAUCCCUGGCAGGAGAGGCCAGGGGGGCAAGAAAAGGAUAUCCAGCCUCUCCCAAUGGGUACCCUCGUCGUGUCCAGUUAUCUCGAACGACUCCUCUGACCACCCAGAGCCCUCCUCUAGCCAGCCUACAUGAUACCAACUUUCUGAAUGAUGCUGACAUGGUCAUGAGCUUUGUCAAUUUAGUUGAAAGAGACAAGGAUUUUUCUCACCAGCGAAGGCAUUACAAGGAAUUCAGGUUUGAUCUGACUCAAAUUCCUCAUGGGGAAGCAGUGACAGCAGCUGAAUUCCGGAUAUACAAGGACCAGAGUAAUAGUCGAUUUGAAAAUGAAACAAUUAAGAUUAGCAUAUAUCAGAUCAUCAAGGAAUACAAUAAUAGGGAUGCAGAUUUGUUCCUGUUAGAUACAAGAAAGACCCAAGCUUUAGAUGUGGGUUGGCUUGUCUUUGAUAUCACUGUGACCAGCAAUCAUUGGGUAAUUAAUCCACAGAAUAAUUUGGGUUUACAGCUCUGUGCAGAAACAGGAGAUGGACGGAGUAUCAAUGUGAAAUCCGCUGGUCUCGUGGGAAGACAUGGACCUCAGUCAAAACAACCGUUCAUGGUGGCCUUCUUCAAGGCAAGUGAGGUCCUUCUUCGAUCUGUAAGAGCAGCUAACAAACGGAAAAAUCAAAACCGCAAUAAAUCCAGCUCUCAUCAGGACUCCUCCAGAAUGUCCAGUGUUGGAGAUUAUAAUACAAGUGAGCAAAAACAAGCCUGUAAGAAGCAUGAACUCUACGUGAGUUUCCGGGAUCUAGGAUGGCAGGACUGGAUUAUAGCACCAGAAGGAUAUGCUGCAUUUUAUUGUGAUGGAGAAUGUUCUUUUCCACUCAAUGCCCACAUGAAUGCCACCAACCACGCCAUCGUUCAGACUCUGGUUCAUCUGAUGUUUCCUGACCAUGUGCCAAAGCCUUGUUGUGCUCCAACCAAAUUAAAUGCCAUCUCUGUGCUGUACUUUGAUGACAGCUCCAAUGUCAUUUUGAAAAAAUACAGAAAUAUGGUGGUGCGCUCAUGCGGCUGCCAUUAAUAUUAAAUAAGAGUGGUAAUAAGAAAAAGAUCUGUAUCAAGGUUUAUGCUACAAUAAAAAGUAUGCAUACAGACAAAAAGGGAAUUUCAUAAAAUUAGUCUGAUUCAUUUCAUCUCUGUACCUAUGUAUGAUAUCAUGUAUAUAGUCACUUUUAUUUAUUUAAAGGUAUAUCUCUCCUUUGUGGAUGCCCUAGCAAUAAAAACUAUUUUUAGGUCUAUUAGAUCUAGAUAGCCCAGUCUGUCAUUCAAUGGGAUAGGCUAAGUCCCAUUCAAUUCCAUUUCAACAUUUUUUUCGGAUACAAUUUUGAUAUAAUUAUCUGAAAUCAGACAGAACUCCUUUGAAUGUUAGUCAUCGGUGAAGGAAAUUUAAUGCAUUUGGUUAUGUUGUGCCAGUGAAAACUGUGAUAGAAUAUUUAUUUAGAAAUAAAACUAAAAAAUAGAAGAACAACAACAACCCAAACAAAAAUGCUUGGAUAAAUACAGUUUUUCUUUUCGCGUUUCUGCUUCAUUAGGUAAAGUGAAAUGUUGAACUGGAUUUGAAUAAAUAAGCAGUAGGCAGAACAUAGAAGCCGAAAGAUUACACAUAAUUGUUGAAACUGUUUGCUUUAACAGAAUUGGUGUAACUGGAGGAGCACGCUCCUUCUUGGCUUGUGGACUGUAGAUUUUGCAAAGCACUCAAAGCUUCAGGAACUCUGUGGAGACAGACAGACUUGAGCCUGUGUCCAUAGCUUUCCAAGUUAACACUAAAAACUCAUAGUACAACCUUCUUACCUCAAAUAAAUCGUGUCUGCCUAUUAUCUAGAACACUACUGCUGAUUUUUUUUUCAGAUUUAAAAACAGUCCAAAAUAAAGAAACAUUUCCAUGCGCUCUACUUCCCUCCCCACAGACAAGAGUAACUGCAUACAUAAAACAUGUAAAACAUACCAGAGCAAAGAUGCCGACAGAGCCGUUUUCCUUAGCUCUCCUUUCUAACGGAGUUUGCUGAUUGAUGUGAUGCAAGGGAUUUUAUUUAGGUGAAAGGACUGAAACUAAACUGAAGGAAAUUACCAAAAAUCCCAGAAUGGCUUUGACAGAAUUGCCAUUUUGAAAGAACAGCUGAAAUCCAUUUUUCAUAUCUUUGAGAAUGAGCUCAAUGAAAACCUUAUUUUGUAAGGGGAUUUUGUAAACCUUCCUCCAAGCGCAAAUAAUUCCAAAUGGGAAGGUUCUGUUGUGUGUAUGUGCAUGUGUAUUCUUCCCUCUGAAAUUAAUUUAUUUUCUUUCUUUGCAUUCUAAAGCUUUUCUUUAACACACAGUAACUUUGGGAAGGAUGACAUUUAGAUGGGUUACUUGCUAUUUCUGGUGGCUCCAUGGUUAGGCUUAUUUACAGUUCAUCUAAAGUAUUCAUAAAGCACCAUUUAUUAAUCACCUUUUUGGGCCUUUCAAAUAAAGCUUAUAUCAGAAAUAGCUUCAAAAAUGUUAUGAGUCCGUUUGUAAUUCAGGUAUAUUGCAAUGUUGUUUUAAAAUACAGUUUAUCUUUAAGAAAAUUUGAUAAUAACUAUAUUGGGGGGUGCAUUAAGUAAUAUAUUUUUAAAUAAAUAGUGUACCAUUGUAAGAAUAAGAAACGGAAGUCUAUUAUAUUAUUCUCUAAAUGUGCUGUUUAAAUAUAUUUCUAUAUUUUAAAAUCUAUUAAACGUGUGAUGCUA